AUGUCGAUCAUUCCACCUUCAGGUUCACUUGUUCGUUUCGAUAAUCCAACACUGAUAACAGCACAAAAUGAAAAAGAUCGUAAAGUACUCGGCGCUGGUAAACAACAGACAUCAUUAGAUCAACAAAUGAUGGAUAUUACUGGCGGUGGUGGUACUAGUUCACCACAACUAGGUAGAAAACAACAGGCUAUGAAAGAUUUGUCAUUAGAAGAAAUCCUUGAUAAAAUUCUUCCACCAAAGAUAACAAAAGAUCCAAAUAAUUCGGAUUUACUCUAUUGUCAACGUAUAUCGUCAACACCAGCAACACGUCUUGAUGUUAUUAAUUUACAAGAACAAUUAGAUAUGCGUUUGCAACAACGGCAAGCUCGUGAGACUGGUAUUUGCCCAGUACGACGUGAACUUUUUUCACAAUGUUUCGAUGAGCUUAUUCGACAAGUGGCUAUCAAUUGUGCUGAACGAGGUCUUCUUCUUCUUCGUGUACGUGAUGAAUUGCAGAUGACUUUACGUGCAUAUCAAACACUCUAUGAAAGUAGUGUCGCGUUUGGUAUGCGUAAAGCAUUAAUGGCUGAACAAGGCAAAUCUGAAUUAGAACGAAAAUUAGUACAACUAGAAGAAGAUAAACGUGAUCUUGAACGACAAUUGAAAGAAACAAAAUCAAAUGCAGAAGCCGCGGAAAAGAAAUUAAACGAACAACGACAAGUUGAAGAGAAAAAACAUAUGGAAGAAAUAAAUUUUUUGAAAAAAACAAAUCAACAACUCAAGGCUCAAUUGGAAGGUUUAAUUGCACCAAAAAAAUAA